AACAUACGCAGCUCCCACACGCAGAGAGAGAGAGAGAGAGAGAGAGAGAGAGAAGCAAAGAUGAGUCGUGGGGCGGCAGCAGGGACGAAGGGAGGGAAGAAGAAGGGAGCCUCGUUCACGAUAGACUGCGCGAAGCCGGUGGAGGAUAAGAUCAUGGACAUCGCCUCACUGGAGAAGUUCCUCCAGGAGCGCAUCAAGGUCGGCGGUAAGGCCGGCGCUCUCGGCGACUCCGUCACCGUCUCCCGCGAGAAGAACAAGAUCACCGUCACCUCCGACUCCAACUUUUCCAAAAGGUAUCUUAAAUACUUGACGAAGAAGUACUUGAAGAAGCACAACGUGAGGGAUUGGCUUCGCGUGAUUGCAUCCAACAAGGACCGCAAUGUUUAUGAAUUGAGAUACUUCAACAUUGCUGAGAACGAGGGUGAGGAGGAAGACUAAAUACUUUGCCUCCUGUUUUGUGGCAUUUCCGGUUGAGCUUAGUUGUUCUAUAGACCGUCUUUUGCUUUUAACCUGUCUUAUCUAUCAACUUCUGUUUGAGCUUGUUUCAUGAUUGAUACUUCCUCUGAAAUUAAGCUUCUUUGAAGACUUUGUUUUGAAAUUUAGAAUCUGGUUGUUACAUUAUCUAUGUGCCUGGUGCAAUACAUAUUUCCUCGAGGAAUUUGGUUA